AUGUCCUCAGAAAGGACCUUUGCUCUCACUUAUUUGGGCCGUUUCACUGCCCAUAAUUUCGGCUAUAUAACUUCGGAUGCUAUUCAUCAUCAACUAGUGGAAUACUACAUUGCUUACCUUAAACAGGCUCUCGAAAAUCAUGUCCCCCUUAACAAAUUGGAAAUUCAGAAUCCUAUGGAGUCCAGAUUGGUUUCUCUUGAAGAGGACUGCUUGAGUGUACGAAGCUGGCGCUACAGACGCUAUGACACUAAGGGAACCCUAAUUAAUGAAAGAGAUGUCUAUAAAGCUGAACGAAUUGUUCUCUGUGACUGUCUAUGUUUUGAAGUUGUUCAAUCAGCUUCUCAGAAACACUCUGGAAUCUGUUACGCUUAUCUGCGUAGAGCCUCCGAUGCUCGUUACACUAUUCCUGAAGCGAAUCUCCAUGAAUUAGAUUCGAAGUUGAGCGCUUGGUUGUUAAAAUAUCGGCGUUUUCCUCGACCACCUCUCGUAGUGAUCGCUAUUCGGAGAGGAUAUGGUGAUGAUGGCUCAGUUGAUCUUCUUGUCUUCUUUGCACCAAAUCUUGCCCUAGGUCUUGAUUUUGUUCGCAGUAUAACAGAAAUGACUUGCCGAGUAGGAAAUAUGCGAGCUCCGCCAUCACGAAGACGCCGGGCGAAAACUGUCGAUAUAAGAUAUAAUAACAGUCGGCCAAAUUCGGCUCGAAAGUGUUAUGCAGAAAGACCUAGGUCAAAAGAGCACACGAAAGAGAGCCGACGAAAUGAUAGUCGAGGAAGACCCCUUUCAGCUGAGCCUUUUCGUGAACCUAUGCAGAAAAUGAAACUGGAGGAACAUCAUUCCAAUCUUUUCGGAACACCAAAUCAUUGUCCAUGUAGCUGCUGCCAAUCGAUGGGCCUACUUCCAUCCAUAUUCACUUCUAGAGAACUUGAGCGAGUUCAAAAUCGAAUCAUGCAAUACCGUCUGGGACAAGAGGCUCUUCAUCAUGCCUACAACAGAAAGAUAGAUCCACAAAAUCAAAAGCGCUCAAUCAGACAAGCUCCUGGUGGCAUUCAAUCCAAGCUUCGAAGUCGUUCAGCAAUGAGCGAAACACCUUCCCAUGGAAUGUGCGAGCACAACGUUUGA